AUGUCUUCAGAUCGAUCCUCGUCGGACUCUUCCCAAUCUCAAGCCUCGCUGUUAGGUGGUCACGCCAAGUACGUGCAAGGCGCAGUCUCGUCUGCGCUGGGCUACGAAUCGGGUCAACAGACCAAAGACGCCGCCGUGGAGGAAAUGCGUGAGGCCACCAAGAAAACAAAUUCGGCGGGCCAGCAGCCCGGCGCCCCCGCCGCGCAGUCCACCGUCCUGGGCACCGUCGAGAAGACAGCGGGCCAAGUGACGGGGUGCGAGGGCAUGGUCGAAGACGGAAAGGACAGAAUCCCACGAAAGGUCGGGGUCGAGGAGACGGACGGCACUGGCUGA